AUGUCAAACGAUAUUUUUGAAGCCAGCGCGAAGAGAAAGAGAUCUCCCAAGUACUAUGGCCUACACACUUUCGCCGAUCCCGGUUGUCCGAUUGCUCCCUCGGGUCCUUUCCGUGACAACAUUCGCUUCUUCCUCCAAGAAUGCGCCGAGAUCGAGGACUACAAUGUCGAUGGUAUGCCCAUUUGGCGCACAUUUCUGGUUCACGAGAACAGAGGCUUCAUUGUUCCUCUCUAUACCAUUGAAGAAAGUGUCAAACACUCCCUUCAACCCUUCUGUGAUCACUGCCGCUGCGCUG